CGCGUUCAGCGUCCAUAAACAGUUUUAUUCUGAAAUCCGAACGCUCAUCUUACCGCAACGAUAUAGAUAUUUGCAUAGAAAUACUCGAUACAGUGACUAUUGAACCGAGAUCAAGCUCAUGUCUUUUAGUGCUGUGAUAAAUUUGAGAUAAAUAAGGUGUAAUUUUUUAAUACUGUUGUUAAAUUCUUUAAAUUCGUUAGACCUAUUGAUAGGUUAUAACCCAUUAUUUUAUGCUUGUGUACGUAAAGUGUCAAAAAGUAAACAACUUUGCUGAGCAAAAAUUAAACUAUAUUAAAAAAGUUAAAAAUUAACUGUAUAAAAUGCCGAUUGACAAGAGUGGGGUGAUAUCAUCCGGUGAUCCUUUGCAGGAUCUUGGUAUCCCAGGAAAAGCAUUUUUGAAAGAUUCCUUGACAAGCUGUAAUGACCCUUUAAAAGCUAUUGAAGAAUUUCAGGCACAAAAUGGAGUUUCAUUACCAUCUCUAUCAACUAUGUUACCAUUGUUGGAUCUUCAUGGAGUUCAAAGGUUUGAUUUUCAUGCAUCUGUUUUAGAAGAGUUAAGAGAACAGUUGAUAAAACGAAUCAAUGAAAUUGGCAACAAUGGCAAAGAAAAAGAAAAUUCUCCUCAAUUGAACGAACUUUUAGUUAAAUGCUUUCCAGCUAUUAGAACAACUGCAUUGCGACCAGUAGUUAUGGCUAUAUUACGAAACACACCUAAUAUUGAUGACAAAUAUUUGAAAGUAUUGGUGACAGAAAAAGAAUUGUAUGCUGAUGCAGACACAGAAGUUAAAAGACAAAUUUGGAAAGAUAAUCAAAGUCUUUUUGGCGAUGAAGUUUCUCCUUUGUUCAGUAGUUAUAUCAUUGAAAAAGAACAAGUCCUUUUUGAUCAUCAAAAUUUGAAUAAUGGUUUCUUCCUUCCUUCACCUAAGGUCAGAAGACAAGGUAAAGUUGUACAAAAACUAGCACACAUGAUAGGAAAUUGUCUUAAGUUAUAUGAUAUGGUUCUACAAUUUUUAAGAACUUUAUUUGUAAAAACAAAGAAUGUUCACUACUGCACGCUAAGAGCAGAAUUAUUGAUGGCUCUGCAUGAUUUGGAGAUUCAAGAUAUAAUUAUUUAUGAUCCAUGCCAUAAAUUCACUUGGUGUCUGGAUGCUUGCAUAAGAGAAAAAAAUGUAGAUAUCAAACGAUCUCGAGAACUACAAGGAUUUUUAGACAGUAUUAAGAAAGGACAAGAAGAGGUUUUGGGAGAUUUAAGCAUGACCCUAUGUGAUCCAUACGCAGUAAACUUCUUAGCUAGUAGUGCAAUGAAAAUAGCUUGGCACCUUAUUAAUCAAGAAACAUUACCUAGAGAAAAUGCAAUUUUAGUAUUGCUUUUACGAAUGUUAGCCUUGGGACUUUCAUCUUGUCAAAUAAUUGAAUCACAAGAAUUUAAAGAACCAAAAUUAGACAGCCAAGUAGUAACAAAAUUUAUACCAGCAUUAAUGUCACUUAUGGUUGAUGAUCAAAUUAGACAGUUAAAUCAACGAUUGCCACCAGACGAGAGAGAAAGUGCUAUUGCCAUUAUUGAACAUUCAGGACCACCUCCAGAUGCUUGCCAGGCAUAUGCACAUUUAUCUGGUGUUGCGGCUAUCCUGGCUAUGUAUUAUGCUCUUCAAGUAGGAGGGUUAAAUGCACAAGUAAAACCAAAAGGUGAUGCUAAAGGGCUCAUGCGUGUUCUUGCUACUCUGCCAAAUUGUGAAGGACAAAGAGCUUAUGAAGAUCCAUUUUUACAUACUCUUGUAAUCAUACUUGUUAAUAACAUGGCAGACGAAUUUUCAAACGAAUCAUUUUGUACUGUUAUAUUUGAUGAAUUUUUCUUUGCGGGAAUGCCAAAAGAUAGUGUUACUCGGCAUAUACUGAAAUUGAUCUAUUGGGUUCAUACAAAACUUCCAGCUGCUAGACUUAAAACACUAAUGAAAUCAUUGGAACCUAGUAGCCAGCAACAUGAAGGCAUACAUACAUUAUACAAGCAAGUUACAGACAAAAUUGAGAAUCGGAAGAAUGAAAAGAAAGGAGCUACACCAUCUGAAUCUAAUAUUGAAAGCUCAGUGCCUGUUUUACCUCCUCCUCCGACAAUUGCAGAUACUUUGAAUUAAAUCUUUUAACCAGUGGUUUUGUAUAGAAAAUGUAAAUUAGAACACAUAUAAUAAGAAAAAAAAUCGAUUAUUCUAUGUUAAAAAAUGUACGAAGUAUGAAUUGAGUAAAAUAAAAUUUUGUAUUCAUGUGUUCACAUAAAAUGUAAUGAAGAAUAUGAAAUUAAAACGAUUUCGAUUUUAUAUAAAAAAGUAAAUACAUUUUUAUAAAAUAA